AUGACCUUCAACAGAUUCUUCUUCAAUCCACUAUUCUCAUCAUCAUCAUCAUCAUCACCACCAUCAUCAUCAUCAUCAUCAUCAUCAUCAUCAUCAUCAUCAUCAUCAUCAUCAUCAUCAUCAUCAUCAUCAUCAUCAUCAUCAUCAUCAUCAUCAUCAUCAUCAUCAUCAUCAUCAUCAUCAUCAUCAUCAUCAUCAUCAUCAUCAUCAUCAUCAUCAUCAUCAUCAUCAUCAUCAUCAUCAUCAUCAUCAUCAUCAUCAUCAUCAUCAUCAUCAUCAUCAUCAUCAUCAUCAUCAUCAUCAUCAUCAUCAUCAUCAUCAUCAUCAUCAUCAUCAUCAUCAUCAUCAUCAUCAUCAUCAUCAUCAUCAUCAUCAUCAUCAUCAUCAUCAUCAUCAUCAUCAUCAUCAUCAUCAUCAUCAUCAUCAUCAUCAUCAUCAUCAUCAUCAUCAUCAUCAUCAUCAUCAUCAUAA